AGCAGAACUCUGGUUUGGUUUGGUUGAAGCAGAACUCUGGUUUGGUUUGGUUGAAGCAGAACUCUGGUUUGGUUUGGGGGUUUCCAUGAUGCCGGAGCUGAAGCCCAACUGGCUUCUGUUGAGUGUAUCAGAUCUAGAAAAGUUACCAAACAGAAGUGGAGUUAUAGUCAAAGGUGGUCCCUGGAAGAGUUUGAGGGAGAAUGCGGACGAGGAUUCAGACGAUUCGUCGGCCGAAGAAUCUGAAUCUGAACCAGUAGCGGGAAAUGACAGAAAAUACAUUCCAUGGCGAUCCCCAUCUCUAGCACGCAGAGUUGUUCAAAACGUGAAGUUUAGCCCAAACCUAGUUCGCCGUGUUUUGGAGCAAAGACGAGAUACAAGGCGGGCCAAGGAGAGAAUACAGGAGAAGGAAGGAGAGGAGAAGAAGGAUAAAGGAGGGAAGAAGAGGAAUGAAGAGGAAGAAGAAAAUAAAGGAAAAUGUAAAAUAUUCUCUCUUGAUCUUGAAGCAGAUCUUCACAGUGGGCAAACAAGGAACCUUUGGAAAUCACACAAAAUGGACGCAUGGACAAGUAUGAGAGAGGAUAUGAGACCCUAUACUGAGCUUGAUGACGAUGAGGAUGAUGAGGAGUAUGAUGACUAUGAUGAGUUUGAAGAGGAGGAGUAUAACGGGAAAGAGAAGUGGAAUCAUCUCAAGGGUUCCUCAAGUGAAUCAGAUUUCUAGACGAAACCCGUGAACUCGAAACCCGUGAACUCGAAACUAAAUAUUUGUUAUCUCACGCAAACUCCACAACUACAGGAACAAAUCUAGAAGAAACUGUGAAAAAAGCUGUUGAAAAUUCAAAGACGGAAACUUUUGAAAACCAGAUUUGCAGAAGUCAGAAAUUGUGAACCAGAUUUAGAUAAAAACCUGCAACUUGUAAACCAUAUUUACAAUCUUAGCAAACUAAAUUAUGACCCAAUGCAGUUUACCAGAUUAAUCCCAUAAUAUAGAAAAAAUAAAUAUUCUUCAAGAAAA